AUAAUACAUUUUCCUCUGUGACCGCAAGCAGACAGGAGUUUUCCUUUGAGUGGUGAGGAACCGCCUGGUUCCUAACUAGUAUAAAAAACCAGCAUAGCAAAAAAAAAAAAAAGACUUGCUAUAGUGGCGGAGAGUAUCCCAUGCAAAUCCCAUUUCCCCGUGAUCCUUGUUUUGCGAGUUAGCCCCCCAUUUUCCGACACUGAUGCUGGUGGAAGCUGUCCGAGAUCCAUCCGAGUGCUGCAGUGAUGAGAAAGACGGUGAUAGUAAAAAUAAGUGAAUCUUCGGAAAAUUUAUGAAUACUGAAAAGGGAAUUUCUGCGAAAUCUUUCAGGAGGACAUAGUAGUGAAGUGGUGAUUGAAUAGGGAUAGCUCUAGAUAGAAUUUCAAAUUUGAUUUAUAGUGGUCAUAGAAAGGUUUAUUUGACAAGUUUUGUGGAGUGCUGAAAAGUGUUUGGAAAAGAUUAUGAAUGGUAAAAUCUGCAGAUGUGUAUUGUAAAGUGAUUUUAGUAGAUAGACGCCCUUUAUUUAAAUGAUCCUCUCAUAAAUUCUGAUGUCGAGCGAUACAUAAAACAUCAACACUGAAAUCGUUAGUUGUUACAUUUCAAUGUGCGUACCAAUUCGUUUCUAUUCAAAAAUGUUUCUAUCGAUGUGAUAAAAAUAUUGUGCUCAAAAGAUUCUUCCUUUCAUCUACGUAGUAAAAAGUGGAUUAGCUAAAUAUAGAAAGCUAUGCAUCAGCAAUACUAAGUUCUGCGACUCGAAUACAAAAAAUGAAAUAAAAAUUAUGAGUGUUAUCAAAUGCAGUCGGGACAUUUAGUCAAGAUAUUUAAAUCUUGUUGGCCUCAUUUUUGAAAAUCAGUACAACUCAUCGCUGAAACAAAUUCCUCCUGACCCACGGAUACGAAUAAAUGUGUGAUUGUGUUAAGAGCUCUGACCUGUAUCUAUUACCAUCAAGAGUUUUUGUCAGUAAAGUCGUCGCAAGGAUCAUCACAGAGAGCGUGAGUGUAAUCGAGUAAAACAAAAAAAAGAGCGAACAACGAGAGUGAGCUUUUCCCGAGAAGAGCUGUUGUUGCGUUUGGCUGCGGAUAUUCGUCAGGAGAAACAGCAACAACUAACAACAAGAUCAUCAACACCACCAAAAAGGAGGCGAAAAUGUCGGCAAACGAUGCAAACUUUAUGUUGUUCUCCAGCAUUAAUGAUUGUUCCUACGUUUCGUGCUACUGCGAGGAAAAUGUGUGGAAACUGUGUGAGCAGGUGAAGAAGACACAUCCGGCUGAGCUGUCGAAAUGCUACGCCGUGUUCGUGUCGAACGAGAGGAGAACGGUGCCCCUGUGGAGACAGAAAGCCGGUCGCGGUGACGAGAAGCUGGUGAUAUGGGACUACCACGUGUUCUUCAUGCACAAUCCAUCGCCGAACCGGUGUCUGGUGUUCGACAUGGACACCACGUUACCCUUUCCGACCUAUUUCCACAAGUACGUUACGGAAACGUUCCGCUCGGACUAUGCGGUGACGCCCGAGCAUCAUAGGUUCUUUAGAGUAAUACCUGCCGAAAAAUAUCUAGCGGAAUUCUCGUCCGACCGGAGACAUAUGCGCAGACCGGAUGGAUCCUGGAUAAAGCCGCCACCGUCGUAUGCACCCAUCCAAACUACCACCAACACGCACAGCCUGGAUGACUUCAUCUGCAUGAAACCCGGCAAAGGGCCCGGCAGUGUGUACGACCUGCUGCAUUUUGUGCAACAGUUUUACAAACCACCCGACAGGAAUAUCACCAAAACGCAGAACUAAAUUACGCUUACGGUAGGUGGUGUGCUCGGUGACAGUGACUGCCUCACUAUUUGCUGUUUAUGCUCCUGUUUCUACUGUUGUUGUUGCCGCUGCUGUUGCUGUACCCGCAACUGUUGGUCAUCGGUCCUGCUGCUAUCGCCACUGUCACCGCUACUGGUGGAAUGUGUAAUAAUUACGAGCAGGCAUUUGUUACGGUGGAUGUUUUCGUUGGUGGUAGGUUCAAUAAUUUACGUAUGGUCCGCCGUGCGGUGAUUGGACGGUAGCAUUCGAUCCGGGCGGAAAAUGACCUGCAGCUUUCUGGCGAUCUGUAUGGUGCAUCAUCAGUUUUUUCGUACGAAACCGAACAAUACGGAGGCAGUUUUUAUCACCGAGAGAGAUAUACGUAGUGUAGCAAGAAUUACAAUUCAUAGUUUAACGAAUACGAACGGAAAUAACAAGAGCAUGUGCAUAGCAAAUAAAAUUCAACAUUUUAUGAGUAAACUAAUUCAAUGUAUGCGCGUCCAAAGAACAAAACAUGCAAAGGUUUGAAGUCAUAUUUGAGCGUAUGAUUUUAAGUGUUAUGAAUUUAUUAUUAAUCUAGAAGGGAUUAUCAAUCCUAUUGAGUAUAAAGAGCUGAGAAACAUAGAAACAAAUAUGAGAUCCGAGAUAUUAUACAACAAAAUACAAAGUUAAGUAAUGAAGAUUAAAUCAGCGAACAUGAUUGUUGCAUUUAUAGAUAAAAACAAACUCGAAGGGCUAAUUAUCUGUUGAACUAAAACUAACGAAAGAGAAUGAAUUGAAGUACGAACAAGACACAUUUUUCCUCCUUUAAUGCACAAAACUUAACAUAUUGUGAUUAUAUCUACCCAAGAGAACAAAACGGAGGUCGACUAAGGCGACACAUUGUGCGGAAACAUAA